AAUCUCAAUUCUGUUAAUGGUUUCUCAGACCAGAAAUGCUUUAUCCGGAACAUACUCUGCCCCCCAGAGGUCGGCCAGCUCAGCUGCUCUAUUGGUUGGUGAUCCAACAAUGAUGAGGGAUAGGGGAGGCAAUUUUGUGCUUCCACGAGCAGAUGUCAUGAAAUUAAGAGAUCGUCUCAGAAAUGAAGAACUGGCUGCUGGGUCAAUUUUCUGCAGGUUAAGGAAUAGGACACUGAGGCGUGAAGCAACUAGUGAUGUAGGUCACCGAAGAGAAAUGUGUGCCCAUGCUCGAAUUCUGGCUUUAGAGGAAGCAAUUGACACUGAAUGGGUUUACAUGUGGGAUAAGUUUGGCGGUUACUUACUUCUUUUGCUUGGUUUGACUGCUAAAGCUGAGAGGGUACAGGAUGAGGUUCGUCUGCGACUUUUCCUUGACAGCAUAGGGUUUUCAGAUCUUAGUGCCAAAGACAUAAAAAAAUGGCUCCCAGAAGACCGUAGGCGAUUUGAAAUCAUACAGGAGAGUUAUAUGAGGGAGAAGGAGAUGGAAGAGGAAAUCUUGAUGCAGAGACGUGAAGAGGAAGGAAGGGGUAAAGAAAGGAGGAAAGCUCUCCUUGAGAAGGAGGAACGCAAAUGGAAGGAAAUAGAGGCGUCACUUAUAUCAUCUAUUCCUAAUGCUGGGAAUAGAGAGGCAGCGGCGAUGGCAGCUGCAGUGCGUGCAGUAGGAGGAGAUUCUGUUCUUGAUGAUUCUUUUGCACGGGAAAGAGUCUCAAGCAUUGCACGUCGUAUUCGUGCUGCUCAGCUAUCUCGUCGAGCACUUCAGACAGGACUUGCUGACGCUGUGUGUAUACUUGAUGAUGAACCCACAACUAGUGGUAGACAGUGUGGUCAGAUUGAUCCUAGUGUAUGUCAAAGUCAAAAAGUUAGCUGCUCGCUUGCUGUAAUGGUCCAGCCCGAAUCUGGACCUCUUUGUUUGUUCGGCACUGAAUUCCAGAAGAAUAUUUGCUGGGAAUUUCUUGUGGCUGGCUCUGAGCAAGGCAUUGAAGCUGGACAAGUUGGGCUUAGAUUAAUUACUAAAACUGAUAAGCAAACUACUGUAAAGGAGUGGAGUAUAAGUGCCACCAGUAUAGCAGAUGGAAGGUGGCAUAUCAUAACAAUGACUAUUGAUGCUGAAUUGGGUGAAGCAACUUGCUACCUAGAUGGAAAUUUUGAUGGCUACCAGACCGGGCUACCACUGAGAGUGGCUAGCUGCAUAUGGGAGCUGGGAACAGAUGCCUGGGUGGGCAUAAGACCACCUAUUGAUGUUGAUUCAUUUGGGAGAUCAGAUAGUGAAGGAGCCGAAUCAAAGGUGCACAUAAUGGAUGUAUUUCUUUGGGGAAGGUGCUUGACAGAAGAUGAGAUUGCAGCUCUUCCCGCAGCUAUGGGUUCUGCUGAAUACAACAUGAUUGAUCUGCCGGAUGAUAAUUGGCAAUGGGCAGAUUCUCCAACUAGGGUUGAUGGGUGGGACAGUGAUCCUGCGGAUGUAGAUCUUUAUGACAGAGAUGAUGUAGAUUGGGAUGGGCAAUAUUCAAGUGGGAGGAAGAGAAGGUCAGAACGUGAUGGGGUUGUGUUGGACGUGGAUUCUUUUACUCGAAGGUUGAGGAAGCCUCGAGUAGAGACACAGAAGGAAAUCAAUCAACACAUGCUUUCAUUGGAAAUGGCUGUGAAGGAGGCUCUCUUAGCAAGAGGAGAGUCACAUUUUACUGAUCAAGAGUUUCCUCCUAGUGACCGCUCAUUAUUUAUGGAUCCACACAAUCCUCCAUCUAAAUUGCAGGUUGUUUCUGAAUGGAUGAGGCCUACUGAUAUAGUGAAAGAGAAGCAUCUGGAUUGUCACCCAUGCUUAUUCUCUGGAGUAGCAAAUUCUUCAGAUGUUUGCCAGGGACGACUGGGUGAUUGUUGGUUUCUAAGUGCUGUUGCUGUGCUAACUGAGGUUUCACGAAUAUCAGAAGUCAUAAUUACACCAGAAUACAAUCAGGAAGGAAUAUAUACAGUUCGCUUCUGCAUUCAGGCAAACGAUGGAAUUUUCUGGAUGUCUUGGCAAGAUUUCCAGAUACAUUUUAGGUCUAUAUAUGUUUGUCGUGUCUACCCACCAGAAAUGCGCUACUCAAUCCAUGGUCAAUGGAGAGGUUAUAGUGCUGGAGGCUGCCAGGAUUAUGACACAUGGCAUCAGAACCCCCAAUAUCGGCUAAGAGCGAGUGGUCCUGAUGCUUCCUUGCCCAUUCACGUUUUUAUCACCUUAACUCAGGGUGUGAGCUUCUCAAGGACAACAGCUGGUUUCAGGAAUUAUCAGUCAAGCCAUGAUUCAAUGAUGUUCUACAUUGGGAUGAGGAUACUGAAAACUCGUGGUAGACGUGCUGCAUAUAACAUCUAUUUGCAUGAGUCUGUUGGUGGGACAGACUAUGUAAAUUCACGAGAAAUAUCGUGUGAGAUGGUUCUGGAUCCUGAUCCAAAGGGUUACACGAUAGUGCCUACUACAAUACAUCCUGGUGAAGAGGCGCCUUUUGUUCUCUCUGUUUUUACCAAAGCCGCCAUAAGUCUUGAAGCUUUAUAAUUUUGCAUUGAUGGCCCAUUUGGUUUGGGUAUGAUUAUACUUGUGGGUCCCGAGCAUCUUUCUGAAGAGAUUCUGCUUGGACCAUUCAUAUCUGUCUAAGAGCUGGGUGAAUGGUAAAUUAGCAGUAGAAAUGCUUGG